AUGGAGAAAAAGAACGAAAUCAACGGUCACGCCGUGUCCGGCUCUGCCGAGCGGCUCCGUGAAGAAAGAGUCCCAAAAAACAUGCAGCAGAAGCUGGUGGAGUUUUUUAGGCGGAAUCUCCUGGUGAUCAUGACGGUCUCCGGGGUGCUAGUGGGCGUCGGGCUCGGCAUGGGGGUCCGCAACAUGAACCUGACCAAGGCGCAGAUGACCUACUUCGCCUUCCCCGGUGAGAUGCUCCUUCGGAUGCUGAAGAUGAUAAUCCUCCCCCUUGUCGUGUGCAGCCUCGUCUCAGGCGCGGCCAGCCUAGACACUCGCUCUCUGGGCAAGUUGGGGGGCAUCGCCGUCGCCUACUUCCUGGUGACCACUCUCAUCGCCUCCGGGAUCGGCGUGACGCUGGCGUUUAUCGUCAAACCCGGCGUGGGCGCGGGAUCCCUCAAUACCAACAGCCUGGGUUUGGAACGCGUGAGCAGCAAUAAGGAGACCACCGACUCCUUUCUCGACCUGGCCAGGAACUUAUUCCCAUCGAAUUUGGUGGCUGCUGCUUUCCGCUCCUAUGCCACUGACUACAAGAUGGUUGCUUCAGGCAAUGACACAAAUGGGACCACUCUUUAUCAAAAGGUGCCAUUUGGUAAAGAAAGUGACGGCAUGAACAUUCUGGGCCUGGUGUUAUUUGCAAUGGUAUUCGGUGUGGCACUGAGAAAGCUCGGAGAUGAGGGGGAAGAGCUUAUCCGAUUCUUCAACGCCUUUAAUGAGGCAACUAUGGUGCUGGUAUCCUGGAUCAUGUGGUAUAUCCCAUUUGGCAUUGUGUUCCUGGUGGGCAGCAAGAUUGUAGAGAUGGAGGAUGUGGUUCUACUAGUCACAAGUCUGGGAAAAUACAUAUUUGCUUCCAUCCUGGGACACAUUAUUCACGGUGGUAUCGUCCUGCCCCUCAUCUACUUUGGAUUUACGCGGAAAAAUCCCUUCAGUUUCCUGUCAGGGCUCAUUACGCCCUUUACGACCGCCUUCGCCACCUGCUCCAGUUCAGCGACCCUUCCUUCCAUGAUUAAGUGUGUGGAGGAGAACAACGGUGUGGACAAACGUAUCAGCCGCUUCAUUCUGCCGAUUGGUGCCACCGUGAACAUGGAUGGAGCGGCCAUAUUCCAGUGCAUAGCUGCAGUCUUCAUUGCUCAGCUCAAUGAUACUGAGCUUAAUGCUGGACAGAUCUUUACUAUCCUGGUGACUGCCACGGCCUCCAGCGUCGGGGCUGCAGGGAUCCCAGCCGGUGGCAUCAUCACCAUUGCCAUCAUACUGGAGGCCAUUGGGUUACCAACCAAUGAUCUGUCCCUAAUGCUGGCUGUUGACUGGAUUGUGGAUCGCACGACCACCGUGGUCAAUGUGGAAGGUGAUGCUCUGGGUGCUGGAAUCCUGCAUCACAUCAACCAGCAGGAGAUUAAAAAGCAGCAGCAACAGCAGAAGGAGAUAGAUGAGGGAGGUGAUCUUUCUGAGGUGCGGGUAGAAACAGUGGCCAAUGUCCAAGCCCAGGAGGAGACCUCGCCUCUUGUCAUGCACAAAACCAAAGCCUCAGAAGCGGUACCGGAAGCCGCUGAGUCGGUCCUGUGA